UAUAUCAACCUCUCUUCCCCAGUUCUUCCCCAGGACCCUUUUCUUUAUUUCCAUCUUCUCCAGGUCUCUAGGUGGUACACCUUGCAACAACAACAACAUCGACAUCUAAGGAGCACCAUUAACUUGGUUUCUCACCUGGUCCGACAAUACACACUUCGCCCCAACAUAUCAUCACCUCUCAACAAGUUCGCACAAUGUACGACGAGAAGCCCUCGGUUGACAACAUCUCUGCGGAGCAGGCCCACGCCCAGGCCCAAGCUCAGCUCCAGGCUCAGGCCCAGGCCGCUGUCGCUGCCGCCCACCAAGAGGCCAUGCUCAAUGGCUGGCACAACCCAAUGGCUCGCAUCCACACCGGAACUGAGCCCAGGUUGCCUGCCUUCGGUGGUGAAUUUCAACCCGGUCUCUAUCGCCCAGUCAAGGAACGCAAGUUCGCCAACCCAGCGCCCUUGGGUCUCUGCGCUUUCGCCCUCACUACCUUCAUCCUCUCCUGCGUCAACCUCAAGGCUCGUAACUUGACCGUCCCCAACGUUGUCGUUGGCUCUGCUCUCGCUUAUGGUGGUCUUAUUCAGCUUCUUGCCGGCAUGUGGGAAAUGGCUGUUGGCAACACUUUCGGUGCUACUGCUCUCUCUUCUUACGGUGGCUUCUGGAUCUCCUAUGCCAUUCUUCUCACCCCGGCCUGGAACAUCCUUGGUGCCGACGGUCCCUAUGCUACCCCAGAAGCCAAGGCGAUUGAUCCCGAGAUGGCCGCGUCUGCUGUCGGCGUCUUCCUUACCGGCUGGUUCAUCUUCACCACCAUCCUUCUUCUAUGCACCUUGCGCUCCACCAUCAUGUUCUUUAUGCUUUUCUUCACUCUGGAUAUUGCCUUCCUCAUGCUGGCCUGCGGCGAGUACGCCAACGACAACGGAAACGCCCUUGCCGCCGGGAGGCUCACCAAGGCUGGCGGUGUCUUCGGUAUGCUUGCCGCCUUCUUCGCUUGGUACAACGCGUUUGCUGGUAUUGCGGACAGCAGCAACUCCUUCUUCCUCCUCCCUGUCUUCCACUUCCCCUGGUCUGAGAAGGGCCGUGAGACCAGGAUGGCUGCCAAGUCUGACCGUGACCAGGCGUAAGUCGGCCCAGGCCGUUCUUUCCCUGAUAUGUUUUACGUUAUGAAUUUUGUUUAAGCGGGUCGCAAUGGGUAUUUGUUAUUUGGUGAGCGAGGUAGUUCACGAGUUUGGAUAUCCACAGAGGUUUGGGUCAUGUGCAUCUCAUGUUCAUGUUUUCUUUUUGUUUUAAUGAUACCGGAUCAAGGGUUGGGUCCACGACGAUACCAAAUGCUUACACACAUCAUUAAUAUCACACUUUCUUUCCAUUUAUGGAGUCCCAAGCAUGUCUUCCCCCGCUAAUGUAGCGACUGGGCGCAAAUAGUGUCGGAC